AUGGUAAAGAAGUUUCGUCGGCCAAAUUUAUCAAAAAUAUUCAACAUGUCUGUUCAUAGAGAGAAAAUUGAUGUGUCUCAAUUGCCCCACCACUACGAUGGUCAAGUAACUCUUGCUGUUAUUGGUGGUACAGGGUUAUAUGAUUUACCAAACUUACGCCCAAUUGCUAGGUUGACUAUCAGUACUCCAUGGGGAUUCCCAUCGAGUCCAAUCACUAUAUCCAAGACCGAACUGGGCUUUCCUGUGGCGUUUUUGGCAAGACAUGGUCAACAUCAUGAUUUGUUGCCAAGUGAUGUUCCUUCAAGGGCAAAUAUCGCUGCAUUGAAGAAAUUGGGAGUCAAGGCCAUUGUUGCCUUUUCAGCUGUUGGAUCGCUACAACAAGAAAUCAAGCCUAGAGAUUUUGUGUUGCCUACGCAAAUCAUCGACAGAACUAAAGGUAUUAGACCAUCCACUUUUUUUGAAAAGGGGUUUGUAGCUCAUGCAAUGUUUGGUGAGCCAUUUGAUUUGAAGUUGAAUUCACUCAUUGCCAACGCUAUUCCAUCGGAAGGGUUCCUUGAAGGGUUUGACAAAGAAGAUGCUAAUCCAACCUUGCAUACUAAAGAACAUACCAACAAUGGUGAAGAUUUGACGGUUAUAUGUAUGGAAGGACCACAAUUUUCCACUCGUGCUGAGUCAAAAUUGUACCGUUCAUGGGGUGGUUCCAUCAUCAACAUGUCGGUUUUACCUGAAGCUAAAUUGGCAAGAGAAGCGGAGAUUGCUUAUCAAAUGAUUUGUAUGUCUACAGAUUACGAUUCAUGGAAUGAAAGUGAAGAGCCAGUCACUGUGGAAACAGUUGUUGGCAACUUGAAAGCUAAUUCGGCCAAUGCUUGCAAAUUGGCAGCAAAAUUGAUUGAUGAAUUUGCUGAAAAAGGUGGUGAGAUUGGUGACGAUAUUCAAGGAUCAAUGAAGUUUGCUGUUAGUACCAGUCCUCAUGGAGUAAAGAAGGAGUUAUUGGAAAAGAUGCAUUUCUUGUUUCCUGGUUAUUGGCAAGUUUAG